AUGAAAAAAAAAAAUAUUGCGGCGGCCACUAGCUACGGCAAGGUGAAAAACCGCAUGAACCGUUAUGAUAUGAAUGGUUCUUACAAUUUAAAUGAGUCCAAGAAUGGUGGAAAGGUACCAGGAGGAGGUACUCCUGUGGAUGGGAAGAAGAGUCGGGCGGAGGCGCCCCCCGCCGGUAAGGCCGCCAAUAGCGUAACGAAUAGCCCCGCGGUGAGUAGCCUACAGAAUAACAAUCAUAACAGCACCCAGAACAGUGGAGGAGGAAAUCCUCACCAUGUGCAGGCGGCAAAAUAUGUUAAGAACGCCUAUCCGUAUGAUUACAAUGCGUACGGCUCGAAGAAGGUUGGAGAGUACAAGGAGAAAAUGAAAGGUCCCAUGGAGGGUGUGGGACAUGGGGGAGAGAUUGGUGGUGCACACGGUGAGGGGAGGAAUGGUCAGGCUGUUACGAACAAUGCCGGUGCCCCGGAUAGUAAGGCUAAUCGGGAAGCAGCAGGGUAUAAGCCCAUUGCUGGUGGUAUGAAAGGGAAUGGGGAUAACGCGAACGGGGCUAACGCCAUUGGGUUGAGCUCUAGUGGAGCCAAUUUGAAUCAGGCAAAUGGAGGUAGAAACCAAAAUACAGGGCGGAAAGGAAAUAAAGAAGAAAAAUUGAACGAAGAAGUAAGUUUGUUGAGGGAAAAAAUAUGUUUUAAAAUGCUCAAAGGUAUAGAUAUAUAUAUUACAGAAAUAAUAAUGAAGUCCUCAUUUGUGACCGUAUACAAAAUGAAGGAAGAUGAAUUGAAAUGGGUUCGAGCGGACAUUGAAGGUUUCCUUUACAUUGUUAGGAGAUCCAUAAAGCCAACUUACAGACUUAUAAUUACAAAUAAAAAAAACGAAAACCAUUUAGUACAGGAUAUCCACGGACGUAUUAAUUUGUCCACUGAUCAAAAUUAUAUUUUUUAUCGAGUACAUAAUGAAGAGAGUAAUUUGAAGAGUACCUACAGCCUGUGGUUUUAUAGCACCGAGGAGAAGGAAAAGAUAUAUAGUAUGUUGAGAGAGUUAGUAGACAGGGGAGAAGGAGAUCCAUCCAUCAGUAGCACUGCUAACCUGGGAAACUCAGACAUUAAUAGCCUUGCGAAUGGCGCAAAUGUGAGCCAUGUACACAGUAAGAAUAUUAAUUAUAUAUUGUCCAAAGGGGAUUGUGGUGUUAAUGAUGGAGCUUCCAUAGCUGGGAUCGCGACAGGAGCAGGAGUAAUUAUGGGGGCGAAAGCGAACGAUGGUUCUUCGAAGAACGCUCUAAUGAAUGGACACGACGAGGAUCUUCUCAAGGGAGGCACGAACCAUGUAGGGGUGGUCAGCGGCGGGGAUAACAACGUACAGAGAAAAGCAAAUGCUAAGAACCUCAUCCCUAUGAUGGCACCAGACAGUGGCAGGGAUAACGAUUAUGAAAAGAAUUUUGAACUGAUGGAUAAUAAUAAGUUAGAGAGUUUAUAUGCAAAGAUGAACUUCCCAGUAGGUGAGGGAGGACAUAUCCCCCCAGGAGCUGCCAACGCUGUAUAUGGAAAUUAUUUGAAGCACUUAUAUAAGGCUAAUGGUGGUGGAAGUGCAGGAGUGAAUGGGAUGAUGGAAGCCAUUGGACAGAGAAGCAAAAUGAAGGAUGCAUCUGCGGAGGAAGGCCUCGCUGGAUGUGAUUCGAAUGUGAAAGGGAUGGCGCAACAGAACAACGUCGAUUUUAAUGACAAGGUUGGAAGGAAAUUGCUUUACCUCAUUAAGGGUUUGCCCAUGGAAGGUGAUAGGGGCGUCGAUAGAGGCGGAGAAAAGGGAACUGAGAAUUUGAAAAAGCUACCAGGAAACGAUUUUUAUGACGGUAGAAAGAGUGAAGAUAUGCCCAGGGGUUGUGGAACGAACAACCCUGUUGUUGUGGACGCAAAGGGAGGAGCAGGAGGUGCUUAUCCUAAUGACAAAGGCAGCGCCAUUUCCGGUGGAGAAGCCAUCAUGAACUUAUUAGGGUUAAGUAAGAACGGCGACGUGAAGGAAGACGAGGUGGAGGAUAAGAAGAAGAAAAAGAAGAAGAAGGGCGCAAGUGGGGAAGUACCCGCCGGCGGGGGUGCAAAUGGAAAUGCAGUUGCAAAUGGCAAUGUUAGCGCAGGAAUGAGCCAGAUUAGUAAUGCGCUUGGCGCCAAGGAGUUUGAGGCGAAUAUGCAAAAGAGAGGACUACAACUUAGGGAAAUGCAGAUGAGGGAGUUGCAGUUUAGGGAGAUGCAGCUGAGGGAAAUGCAACUCAGGGGGAUGCAGAUGAAUGGGAUGGCCAUAAAUGGGGUUCCGAUUAAUGGGCUGCCGCCUAACGGUAUUCCACCUAACGGUAUGCCGCCUAACGACCUGCAGAUGCUCCCCUUGGAAGAGAUAAAUGGAAAGGCCAUAAAAUACCCAAAGGCAAAAUCAGACUCUAGUGAAGAACCCAUAAGCAACAACCACCUGAUGGAGAAAGCCUACCUGGAUAGACCAUCAUUUCAGAACAACUCCAUUGAAAGUCUGCACAGCAAAGAAGUAGAAAUGAGUAGUGGAAAUAUGGACGAUGAGAAAAAUAUGACCAACGCUUUGCUCGAUAUGAUUAAGCAGAAAGCAGACAGAGCGAAGCACGUGCUGGGGGGCGAUGGUGUAAAUCAUCAUGGGGGUCAUGAUAGCAUUAACGAGUUCAACACAGAUUCGUAUGACAUGUUGUUGAAGAUGCAGAGUGGCGGUGGAAGUGGAGAGAGGAGAGCUAAGAGUGGCCAUCCAGUGACCAACCGGAUGGGCAGUCAUGUUGGGAGCCAUCUCGGAAGUCACUUCGAUAACCGCAGCCACAACGGCCCAUUUGAUGAGGGCGAAAUGCCAAGAAGGAAUAACCACCCUGGGUAUAGUCCCCACGAUAAGCAGCUGAUCAAGUAUGAAGACCAGAGGACGGACAGCUACAGCGGCGUGGAGGACUACAAAAACAGGAGCAUCCUUCUCAGCAGGAACACCAUCCAUAACGUCAUCAAGGAGACGUUGCAGUCGGAUGAGUUUGUUAAUUUGUUGUGGAAAAAGUUGGUAACGAGCAAAAAUAUUAUGUAA